UCUUGAUUGCUUUGUCCUCAUUUAAUAUAAGAGAUGGGUUAUUUUUUUUCCAGUUUAGCUUGUAUUUCUAUGAUGUAUUGAGUAAACAAACAACACCUGUUGAAAUGAAAGCAUUGUCAGCCAAAAAUUUAGAGGAUUACUUUACCAAGGUUGUAGCAUUCCAGAAGAAGACUGAUGCUCUGAAUGUGUCACUGGUGCUGGAUGCUCAGGACAUCGAGCAAGUGUACAAGGGUCCGGGCUACCACCAUCCGGCUAAACAGUUUGACCGGCCAACCGGGCUUGAUAGUUAUCCUGUUAUAUUCUCAUAUCCUGGGGAUCACCCUGGUAACCAUUGGCCAAACGUUGUGAUGAUGAUCAGUGACAGAGUGAUAGAAACAGAUAAAGUCACAUGUAUAUAUGAUAAGGGUGUUCAAAGUACGUACUUUAUUAUCAAUGCAGAUCCAAAGAUUUACAUAGUUGUGAUAUAUGACAGUAAGAAAUCGGAAAAAGACUCGUAUGUCAACAAUUUCUUGAUAGACCUAAGCUCCAUGCUGAGAUGUGCGAAACAUUUUGCAACCUUAAAACCAGGUUCAAGAGUGGGUUCAAGAAAAUGAUGAUGCCACAAACAUAGAUUUUAACUACCAGCUACAAAUGUCAAACAUUACAAAUUAAAACCGGGUUCAAGAGUCGGUUCAAGAAAAUGAUGAUGCCACAAACAUAGAUUUUAACUACCAGCUACAAAUGUCAAAUAUUACAAAUUAAAACCGGGUUCAAGAGUGGGUUCAAGAAAAUGAUGAUGCCACAUAGAUUUUAAAUAUCACAAAUGUGGAACAUUACAAACGUUAGUUAAAACACCUGGUCGAAAAAAAAAAAGAAUCUUGCCAGUUUGUGAUAUAUAUUUAUUAUAUUGUAGAGGAGAUGAUAUUCAGUUGCUAGGCAACAUGAAAUGCGACAGUGAUAAGAUGCUUAAAUAUUGGUGUGGCAGAAUAGUAUGUGCAAUAUUAAUUAUGUUAGAUUUAUUAAAAAAUUCUUAUUAGAUUUAUUACAUUGUUCAUGGAAUAUAUUAUUUUUUUCUGAUACUGUCAAAUUUUUGUUAAAGACCACUUGCAUUUUAACACCAUCAUGUAAAUAAAGGCCUCUAUUCAACAGCAAUUAAUAGAUUCAAUAGAAUAGAGUAACCUCCAAGUAAAGACCAUUUGUCUAGGAAGGCCAUGUUUGGUCUCUCCUUUGGGUGGUCUUUGUUCACAGGUUUAUGAAACAUUUAAAUGAAACAUGCUUGUUUAACGUCUACAAAUGUUUUGAUGUCAAUCAAGCCUCUAGAUGACUAAGUUUACUAACACACAUCAUUGUCAGUUGAAUGCUUUCAAAGUUAGCAUAAUAAUUGUGUUUUAGCUAAUUUUGACCUAUUUUGAUGGAUAUGAUGCCUUUAAAAUAUUUACUUGUUUAUUCCCAGAUUUAAAAAUCAUUGCUAAUUGUUGAUUAAAUGAAAAAAGUACA